AUGGCCUCCAACUUCAUGUUCAUCACGUCCAUCCUGAUCUACGUCUCUUCCUUCGUUGGCAUGAUCGGCAACCUCAUCGUCCUCUUCGCCUUCCUGGCCCACGCCAUCCGCCACAAAGCCCUCCAACCUCUGGACCGCAUCAUUGUCAACAUGGGCUUGGUGAACUUCUUCCUCUGCUGCUACAAAGCCAUUCCCGGGAUGCUGGUCUUCAGCAGCACCAGGGUCUUUGGGGAGGAGGGUUGCAGGGUCCUCCUCUACAGCUACCACACCCUCAGGCUGAUCAGCAUCUGGUCGGUGGAGAACCUGAGCUUCCUCCACCUCAUCAAGAUCCGAAGGCCCAACUGUCGAUGGACGAUGUUCAUCCACAGGCAUCAGGCACGUUACGUCAACGGCACCAUCGUCGGGUGUUGGGUGGUCAGUGUCCUCAUGCAUAUCCCUUAUUUGCAGUACGAUAAGACCAGACUUCAACGAAAUAAGACAAUUGCCUUCUUGGCCAGUUCGACUUGCUUGAGAUCCACAGACAGCUUCUACAUUAAAUUUAGCACGUACGCCUCCAUCAGCCUGGACACGGUCCUCAUCCUGCUGGUCGUCACCCUCAACGGUUUCAUCAUAGAUCUUCUCUGGAAGAAUCACAGGAGGAUCAACGCUUCGUCCUCCAUCGCAGGAAGUGGGUGGAAUAAACAUACGGCCCAGGCCACCAAAAUCCUGCUUUCCUUGCUGUCUAUUUACGUGGUUUGCUGGAUCUCGAACGACGUGGUCUGGCUCAUGAUCGUCUUGGGGUACCAGAGGAACAACUUGGAGAACAGCUUUUUGAGUGCCUUGUACGGCAUGAUCUCCUCCAUAUAUUAUUCUGCUAGCUCGUACGUGGUGGUGUUUGGGUACAAGAAGGUACGUGAAUAUCUCGCCGAAACCUGCUUGUUCUUGAGAUGUAGGAGGACCACAAGGGUUGGAGCUGUCUCCUUGGAGGGUACGCUGGCCAGAUGA